AUUAAAACUUGUAUACUAUUAAAUACAAUUUCUUAUAUUGUGUCUUUAUAAUAUUAUAUUAUGUUAUAAAUUAUGAACGAUUCAUAUCUUUUCAUAAAGAAUGUGAUAUAAAAAUAUAAAUUAUAUAUAUUUUAUAAAUAUGUUUGCAAAAGGUAAUGCUGAUCCUGAAUUGGAGAAAUUGAGGAGAGAAGUUGAUGGUCCUCCAAAUUUAGAUAUUUUAACACUAAAUAUUCAAAGAGCUACAGCACAAAUUCAUGCCUCUUAUUUAUUUGAACAGAUUGGAAGAACUACUUUGCAAAAUAUAUGUUUAUUAUUAAGUUCUACUGCCACAGGCAAAACUUACAGUGGAUGGCAAGAAUUUGCUGCAUAUAUGGGUUUAACAAUGGAACAAAUACGAUGCAUAGAUUAUGACUUUAAAGGAUUGCAAGAUCCAACUUAUUAUGUAUUAUUGGCUUAUGUGCAACAUACUGAUGCAACUAUAGAUAAGAUUUUACAUACGUUACAAAGAAUACAUCGUCUUGAUAUAAUUAAUCAAAUAAAGGAUAAUAUUACAGAUUUAAUUGAUGAAAUAUCACAAAGAACUACUACAGAUGAAUCAGCUUUGUUAAGACCAAGAAGUAUACCAAAAGCUCCAUUAGUAUUAACUCCAAUCAAUUUUGUACACAAUAUACAAAAACAUAAAGCAGUAUCUGAUCGUGUUAUACAAGACAAUUUAAAGAAGAGUAAAAAAUCAUAUGGCUGUAUAGUUAUGUUAACAUUUGCUGAUGAUGGUUCAGAAAUUGCACAACAUGUAGCAAAAAUAUUCAGAUCUAAAGAGCCCAAAAUUGGAGUUCUCAUACUUCAAGAACAGGAAAAUUAUGUAUAUGAUAGAGCUGAAGAAUUUAUAGAUGAUUGUUUUAAACAGGUGAAUUUUAUUAUACCUAUAUUAACACAAGGAUAUAUGGAAAGAAUAAGUAAUAUUAGGAAAGUCUAUAUUGAAGAUCAAAAUAAGUUAGAUGCAAAAUACAUAAGAUAUAUAUACUCUCUUUUAAGAUAUGAAUAUGUGAGAAAUCAAUGCAUUAAUUCUCGUGUAAGGUGUAUAGUUUCUGAUAAAGAAGUUUUUGCAGUUGCAACAGCAAAUUUACAUCCAACUUUGCAAGCAUGGUUUAGAGAAAGUGAUAUUGAUGCAUUUAUUGACAAUAUUCUUCUAAAGAAAUGUUCAAGAUGAAUUUGUAUAAUAUUUCAAUUUUAUACAUAACAGAUAAUAUAUUUAAUCUAUUUGUAUA